AUGGCCACACCACCUUUUCCUUUAUUACCUUCUUCGCACCCAAUAUCCGUUCACACAGCUCCACCAACACCAACCGUCGUACCUCCUCCUCCACCUCGUUAUAGUGUCUAUUCUAGUGACCCAAGAGCUCACCAAAUAAGCGAUAAUUCACCGUCGAAUUUUUAUUUUCAAUUUUAUUCUACUUCACCGACCGGAAACGAUCAAAGGUUCUUUUCUAAAGGUUUCGAAAAUCAGUCUCCGGUCUGCUGUCAUAAUAUUCUUCCUCCGAUAAACACGUCAACUCAGUUGGUCAAUGAAUUUAACACGUCAGUUAAUGAAAUUCAAAAUUCUGGUAAUAUGUUCGUAUCACCUCAACAUAGUGGAGGAGGAGGUACGACGGUUGGUGUUGGUGGAGCUGUGUGA